AUGUCCGACAGACUCACACAGCUCCAAAUAUGCCUCGACCAACUUGUCGAACAAUUCUGUGCCACAUUAAACUACGUUGACAAAAACCAUGAUUUCAUACCAACAGAAGGUGAAGAACGUCUAGUGGAUCCACAGGCAACUAUAGCAGAACCAAAAGAAUUUCAAUCUACAAUGAAUGAAUUAUCGACAGAUUUGAUACUUAAGACAAGACAGAUCCUUACAUUGAUAACGUCAUUGCCUGGUGCUGGAGUUUCACCAAAGGAUCAAAUUUCAAAGAUUAAUGAAUUACAAAAUGAAUUGAAUAAAGUUGAACAGGAGAAAAUUGAAAAAAUAAGGCAAAAAGAUGAAUUAUUAGAAUGGUGUAAUGGAUUAAUUACAGGGUUUUCAAAGGAUUUAAUUGAUUCAAGAAGAAAUUAG